GUGAGAGCACACAGGAGACUGAGCACAGAGGCAGAGAGAGGGAGGCAGAGAGAAAGCCACAAAGCAGGAGGGUGUGCGGAGCAGAGCCAGAGCUGAGAGGGACCCAGUAAGGGCGGGUGCAGGCAGAGGCAAAGCCAGUGACCGCAAGAGCCUGCGACCCCGGAUUCCAGGGAACUACAGGUCAGAGGAGCACAGGCCAAGAGGUGGUGCGGGACUGGGAGUGAACACUCGCCUAGGUGAUCGCUGGUGAGGUGACCCCAGACUCCGAGUGGUUCCGUGCCCAGGUGCUCGCCUGGGAGGUGGCGCGGGGCUCCGGGUGGCUGCGUGCCUAGGUGCUGGCCCAGGGGGUGGCGCGGGGUUCUGGGUUGGUGGAUGCCCUCUGGGUAGCCAUGGCGACAGGGGCCAGGGGUCGCUGGGCUGCCGCGUCGCCGAGGGGCUGAGUCGACAGCAGGCUGCGCCAUGGCGGCGCGGGGUUGCGGGCCCUGAGCGCCAGCUGCGGGCGCGCACCAUGAACUCGUGGGACGCGGGCCUGGCGGGGCUGCUGGUGGGCACGAUCGGCGUGUCGCUGCUGUCCAACGGACUGGUGCUGCUCUGCCUCCUGCACAGCGCUGACAUCCGCCGCCAGGCGCCGGCGCUCUUCACUCUCAACCUCACGUGUGGCAACCUGCUGUGUACCGUGGUCAACAUGCCACUAACACUGGCCGGCGUCGUGGCACAACGGCAGCCGGCCGGGGACCGCCUGUGCCGCCUGGCCGCCUUCCUCGACACCUUUCUGGCCGCCAACUCCAUGCUCAGCAUGGCCGCGCUCAGCAUCGACCGCUGGGUGGCUGUGGUCUUCCCGCUGAGCUACCGUGCUAAGAUGCGCCUCCGAGAUGCAGCCUUCAUGGUGGCCUACACGUGGCUGCACGCGCUCACCUUCCCGGCCACCGCGCUCGCCCUGUCCUGGCUCGGCUUCCACCAGCUAUAUGCCUCGUGCACAUUGUGCAGCCGGCGGCCGGACGAGCGCCUGCGCUUUGCUGUCUUCACCAGCGUCUUCCAUGCGCUCAGCUUUCUGCUCUCCUUCAUCGUGCUCUGCUUCACGUACCUCAAGGUGCUCAAGGUGGCCCGCUUCCACUGCAAGCGUAUCGACGUGAUCACCAUGCAGACGCUUGUGCUGUUGGUGGACAUCCACCCCAGUGUGAGGGAACGGUGUCUGGAGGAACAGAAGCGAAGGCGACAGCGUGCCACCAAGAAGAUCAGCACCUUCAUAGGGACCUUCCUUGUGUGCUUUGCACCCUAUGUGAUUACCAGGCUGGUGGAACUCUUCUCCACAGCACCCAUUGGCUCUCACUGGGGUGUGCUGUCCAAGUGCUUGACCUACAGCAAGGCUGCUUCUGACCCCUUCGUGUACUCCUUGCUGCGACACCAAUACCGCAGGAGCUGCAAGGAGCUCCUGAACAGAAUCUUCAACAGACGCUCCCUUCACUCUGUGGGCCUCACAGGUGACUCUCACAGCCAGAACAUUCUGCCAGUGUCGGAAUGAAGGACCGCUCUCCUGAUGGGGAGUUCAGAACGAGGUGGCCAGAGCAAAGGGAGGUGGUCUGGGACUCCUGGGUGGACAAUAACUGCCACCAUUGCCUGGUGAUUGCUGCGAUGCUGAUGUCUGAACAAGAUCUGGGGCCUGCUUCUUGGCUCUUCCAGAGUAGAUGUCAGACUGUCCCUAUUUGUCACCAAAGGAUGGCCAUAGACCAUGCCCUGACCUAUCUUUCUGAGAGUGUGUUUUGAGAGUUUAGACUCACCAAAGGCCUCCCAGAGGACGGUAGACCAGUUAGUGUCAAAGAUACAGAGUACUGGUGGCAGGUGUGGGCAUGAUAUCCACCUGUCUGCUAACUACUGCUCAUGGGGCUCCAUGUUCCAAGGGACAUCUUAGUGAUGCUGAAAGUGAGGUUGUCUGUGGCCAUGGGCUCCAGAUCUACUAUGGCAUCUCUUUUCCCCUUGGUAGUGUUUGCUGCUGUAACCCAAAUAUUAUCCAGCUGGUGCCAACUACAUCAUGAUCAGCUGAUACCGUUGGGCCCUGCACUCAAUGGGAACAUGUUUAACAACCAGUUUGCUGCCUACCAGUUGUCUUAGGAAUGAUAAAUUGGAUUCAACUUUUGUCCCUCUUCCAUCAAACUAAUGUUUGCGUGUAUUGACAAUCUUAGCAUGAAAGUGAUCUCAGUAGACAGGUCUUAGAUAAUGUUAGAUUCCAUGAAAUCUGAGCAGGAAGUCACCUUCUUCUGAUUUGCAUGCCAUAGGUAAAGAAGCCCAGGAAAGCAGGAAGACGGUGGCUGGUCUGUCCUACCUUCCUAUCUGAGAUCUGAGUUGGUAGGGAAAAACUUCCUCUUGUUUUAGACACCUUGCCUGUCGUAUUCUAGGAGCUGACUUGAACAGGGAUGAAGUCUUAGUUUUCAGAUGCUGCGUUCCGUUAUCCUGGUGGAUCAUUACCCUCAUUCUGCAACUUUGUCCUGAGAAAGCAGCAGCUAUCCAAGGUCACCACAAAAGUGCUCUGUGUCACUGAUGAGAGAGUGCAGUUAGUACAGGAUGCACUUCCUGUAAUAUACAUGCCAAUCCAUUGGGAGCCAUUGUCUUAGUCUCAUUGAAAACUAAGAUAAGGACAGGAGAAAUAGCUUACCCAGUAAAGUGCUUACUGUGCAAGCACGAAGGCCUGAGUCCAACUUCAAGAACCCAAAUUAAAAGCAAACUGGGCAUGGUGGUGUACACCAGUAAUCCUAGCACUGGAGAAGCGAGAGAGGUGACUCCACAGGACUUAGGUCAGCCAAGACUUAGCUGAAUGGGUGAGUUACAGGCCAGUGACAGUUCUCAGAAAAGAAAAGAACAAGGUAGAUGCCAGCUUAGAAACAAUACGUGAGGUUGACCUCUGGCCUCCACAUACCUGUGUGUGUGAGUGUGCACACACAUGCACAUGCGUGUGGGCAUACUCGGCCCAUGCCUACUCACUGUCUCAUUAUCAUUUCAGAUGUGCUUGAGAAUGCUCAGAGCAGUUGUGUCUGAGCCCUGUAAGUGACUCUUGUGGGUGGGAAGGGUGAAGAACCAUAAAAUCACAAGUAUCACUCUCUCCUGUAUAGCUCCACACCUCCUAGUCUCAGAAGCAUAGGGGGAACUAUCCCCCAGGGACCAACCUGAAGAAUGUUGAUUUUUUUUUCCCUGCCAAGCAGCCCCAGUAGUUAAAGGCAGACAAAUGUCUGCUUGUCUAUUUGAAAAGAUGGCCUAUCAUUAACUCUUGGCAAUUCAUUUAGAAAACAACUCCAGCAGGCCUAGUGUUGUCAGGCUUCAGAGUUUCCAUGGAGACCAGAAUGGGGAUAGUUGUAACAUCGAAGGAGGCUUUAAUACCCUCCCAUUGCUGGGAGAGGUAUGCUCACACCUGCCUUGUUGGAGAAAAAGAACCUGGGCACCAGAGGGGACUGCCAGGACACUUGUUUGGACUUUGUCUCCAGUUGUCCCCAGCUCGUCUUCUGGGGGAUCUGGUAAGGUACACCCUUCCUUCUGUGAUGAGGGAUGUCACAACGGUGACUUGAAAUUAACCAUGGUGGAAGUUUUUAUACACUCAGAAUAGCUAAGUGUUAUAAAUCAAGCCUUCUCCCCCGAGAGCUGGUUGUCAUCUACCUACCAGCACAACACAUGCCACACAUUUGUUUCUAGAACAAAACUCUCCUGGUUCAGAAUCCAUUUGGUUCCAUCUAUCCUAAAUCACGAUAUUCACUUCUGUAGCUUUUCUAGUAAUCAACAGUUGCCUACCCUCUGUUAUCACAACACUCAAAGGGCUUGGGAAGUUCAAAUCAAGCAGGAGGUUGAGACAGCACACACAGAAUAACUCCCCCUUUCACACAAAUACUGCUAAAGUUGAACAAAGGAUGAAUGGGGACCCAGAGGGCGGGGUGAGUAGACAGGCAAAGGCAAGUCAUGACAUCCAUUUCCCCCAUGUUGCUUUGGAAGGAGAGUAAUUCUGGAAGAUCUCUGCUUGCUCUGUAUAGGCAACGUAUUAUACCCUGAGUUGAAUUGAGAUCUCCUUGUCCCUUCCUUAGCCAAGAAGCAGGAUCUGCCACCCACAACACCACAUAUCCGGAAGGAUGUACGCUGUAAUUUUCACUAUGUCUCUAAAACUGCUUACCAUCUAUUACAACCCAAUAUGCUGGCAUCAUGUCACUGACAAGAACCCAAAUAAGCCUAUUGAUGGAGAAUUUUCAUUUUCACUUAGACACAGGCUUGAAAACCCAAGGGAGGCGAGGAGAGAGCAGCUCCACUGACAAUGGGCACUAGCCAAUGCUGCGGCGAUUGCCUCCCCAUAAAUGUUUAUAGUCAGGUUUGCACACCUCUGAAACAAGCCCCUUGGGAUCACCGUUCCCACCUGAGCACUCUACCUCAUUCUGGUAAUCUAAUGAAUCCAACAAUGUAUGUUUUUCUCAGGUUCCAGGCAUAAAAACAGCAACAGAGCCGAGGCAAAGGGCAUCAUUGACUGGCUUGACUCCCACUAGUUUACUGAGUCACGUUCACUGCACUUGCGCUUGAGAGGCACUAGGCAGGUGAGACCAUUUUGUGAAGCUUGAGAGUGGUGCCUACAGAGGAGAGGACUUCCAGAUCUCAAAUCCACUCAGAGUGUUCUGUUCAGGUCUUACACACACUAUUUGUCUUUUAUGACCUCUUUGCCCCAAUCUAUGUUUUCCUUGGAUCCCUUCUAGGGAGGGGUCAGGAUCUCAGAAAUUUAGGGCCCCUGGAAAAACAGGAUGCUUGUUGAAGGGCAGAUCAUUAGAGUCUGGGUAUUGCAUGGCUAGCUCACCUCCCGUAGACAUUUGUCUCUGUGUUCACCAAGCAUGGCUCAGUAGCCUCCUUGGCUCAUCUCCGGUCUUUUCUUUCAGGACUCAGCUCAGGUCCCCGUCACUGAGCAACAAACGUCUCACCUUGUGUUUGUGAGAUUUUUUUUUUUUUUUUUUAUCAUGUGUCUUUGUCUUUGAGAGAAGGUAGACAGAGUAGAGCCAAGUCUGUGGACUGGUCGUCACCUGUCCUCAGGCUUAGAUGCACAGCAAGCACUGUGCUUGGCUAUGAUGUGGCUGCCAGAUGAACCAAAGGCUAUGUGUUGUCAGGGUUUGACCAUCACACAGGGUUAAAUGAGUUAGUUGCCUGAUUUUCCUGAUGCUAUUCUAUAAGGUGCUAGAAAUCUCAUGGAUCAGUUCAUACCCUUCAAUGGGGAGAGAUCUGGAGGCUAUGGGGUUUCCAUUGCCUUCCUGAGGUCUGAGGGUUUGAAUGGAGACAGUGGCUCUUAAACUUCCUCAUCCUCAACUGUCACCAAGGGAGGUGACAGUUCAACAUAAGCUCCAGAGUCCUCCACUUCAAAGGCGAAUUCAGGCAAGCUGGCAGGACUU